AGAAGACACUUAGAGGGACUUGACUCUCCUCUUAGUGUGCUGCACUGCUCUGCCAGAUCUCUCUCUCUCUCUCUCUCUGCUCUUCCUUUUCUCUGUGAAUCCUUCCCUUUCAGAAGAAACAAAACCAGCCAUGUCUUCUGUGAAAAUCAUGAGCACAAAAAGUGUCAGGUCCAGCUUCGGUGGAAGCGGCGGUGGUAGUUUCAGCAGUGGCGGCCGUAUGUCAGGAGGAGGAGGAUCAUUUUCCUCAAGAUCUGCCAUUGUUUCAAGGCCAGGCACACAGCUGAUGGCAACAGGUGGCUCAAUGUUUAGGUCAAGUGGUGUUGGUGUUGGUGGUAGUUUUGGAGCUGGAGGCGGUAGUGGUCUCGGUUAUGGCAUGAGUUUCGGCAGUGGUGCUGGUGCUAGUUUCGCUAGCGGUGCUGGUUACGGUGCUAAUUUCGGUGCUGGUGCCGGAGGAGGUUUUGUCAGUGCUCCCAUCACAAACGUCCAAGUCAACCAGAGCCUGCUGGCCCCCCUGAACCUCGAGAUCGACCCCACCAUCCAGACUGUCCGUACCCAAGAGAAAGAGCAGAUCAAGACUCUAAACAACCGCUUUGCCAGCUUCAUUGACAAGGUCCGCUUCCUGGAGCAGCAGAACAAAAUGCUGGAGACCAAGUGGAGCCUGCUGCAGGACCAGACCACCACCCGCUCCAACAUCGACGGCAUGUUUGAGGCCUAUAUUGCCAACCUGCGCAGACAGCUGGAUGGGCUUGGCAAUGAGAAGGUCAAGCUGGAAGGAGAGCUGAGGAACAUGCAGGGACUGGUGGAGGACUUCAAGAACAAAUAUGAAGAUGAAAUCAACAAGCGCGCUGGUGUGGAGAACGAGUUCGUGCUCCUCAAGAAGGAUGUAGAUGGUGCCUACAUGAACAAAGUUGAGCUGGAGGCCAAGGUUGAUGCCCUUCAGGAUGAGAUUAACUUCCUCAGAACUGUCUAUGAGGCGGAACUGCAGGAACUCCAGGGCCAGAUCAAGGACACCUCAGUCAUUGUGGAGAUGGACAACAGCCGCAACCUGGACAUGGACGCCAUCGUGGCUGAAGUCAGAGCACAGUAUGAGGACAUUGCCAACCGCAGCCGUGCUGAAGCUGAGUCAUGGUAUCAACAGAAGUUCCAGGAGAUGCAGAGCAGUGCAGGCCAGGCCGGAGAUGACCUUCGCAACACUAAGAGUGAGAUUGCUGAGCUCAACCGCAUGAUUAGCCGCAUCCAGAAUGAGAUUGAGUCAGUCAAGGGACAGCGUGCCAACCUGGAGGCCCAGAUCGCUGAGGCUGAGGAGCGUGGUGAGCUGGCUGUGAAGGACGCCAAGAUCCGCAUCAGGGACCUGGAAGACGCCCUGCAGAGAGCCAAACAGGACAUGGCCCGUCAGGUCCGUGAGUACCAGGAGCUCAUGAACGUCAAGCUGGCUCUGGACAUCGAGAUCGCCACAUACAAGAAGCUUCUGGAAGGAGAGGAAUCCAGACUUGCCUCUGGUGGUGGAUCUGCAACCAUCCAUGUACAGAGCAAAAGCAGCAGCUUCGGUGGCGCCUCAGGAGGCGGCAUGGGCGGCAGCGGUGGAAGUUUUGGCAUGGGUGGAGGCUAUGGCAGCAGCAUGUCCAUGAGCGGUGGUAUGGGCAUGGGUGGCGCCUAUGGCAUGAGCGUAGGAGGCGGCAGCUCCAUCAGUUCAAGAAGCUCCUCGGUCGUCUCAUCUAUGCGUCGUUUCUAAAGCGCAGCAGUUGUCUUUAUCUCUAUUCUUCUUUUGUUCUCCUCCUUUUCUCCCACACAAAAACUCCUGGCAUCGCAUACCUUAAGAGAGUCAGAGAUAACAUCCAAGUAUCAGUAGAAGCAGAGAGAUUAUUAGACUGGAAAAACAAAGAGCAACAGAGUUGUGAGUCAGUCCUCUCCUUUGAUCAGUCAGCCAGGCUGUCUUUUGGUUGCUGGACAUGCUGUUGUGUAGACAAGAGGAUGCUUGUAGUGUCAUGACAGAGAAUCCUUACAAGGCAACAAUCACUGCACACAAAAUGACAACAGCAUUUCCAAGAUUUGCGCAGAAGGAGGUGUUGAUGUUAUGUCUUGAGUUGAUUAAGAAGGCAACCAUAUAGUGUCACACCUGUAGAGCCUCCUCUCUGUCUCUUGUCACACAUCUGUCAUCUUGCUGUGCAUUUGGACAUCAUCAAAAGCAGCCACAUAUAACACUCUCAUAUUUGAUUUUUGGGAUCCUCUUUUUCUUCUCCUGUUUUGAGAGAAAAUGAGCUCUCCACUUCAGUAUAUAAAUGGUGUUUUUAUCAUUCCUUUACUUCACUUUUCACUCUGAAUAAAAAAAUAAAAAAGCAUGGUUAAGGCUGACUGGAACAACCAGAUUUAUUGUGAAUUUGUACCACCACACAUCUGGAAUAAAUCUGUGUUCAUAUUA